GUUUUUCCAUAUCAAUCAAACAAUAUUCAAUCCUCCACUAGCUGUCCUCCAAAUUUAAAAGGAGACCAAAGAUUCCUCACAAUCCCCUCCACAAUUCAAUCCAAUGGCGGACAGCAACCACCUCUCAUCGCCUCUCCUCCACCGUCCACCGUCCGAUCAACCUCACCUCGUAAUCUCCGUUCACGACAAUCACAAUUCCAAUCCGAAUCGCCAUCUCCAGAAUCCGUUCGAGUUUCUCGGCUCCGACGGCCUAUCAGUUCCGCCGCCGUCGACGGUCGAUCCAUUUAAAAACAACACAGCUAAAAUUGACAACGCGUACGAGAUUUUGAAGAUCUUGAUUUGUUUACCGAUUGCUUUAGCUAGAUUAGUGCUGUUUGGGGCUAGUUUAUUAGUAGGUUAUAUCGCUACUAAAUCAGCUCUGUUUGGAUGGAAGGAUAGGCAUAAUCCUAUGCCUAAAUGGCGCUCCAGGUUUAUGUGGAUUACUAGGUUUUGUACUCGCUGUAUUUUAUUCUCUUUCGGGUACCAGUGGAUAAGAAGGAAAGGAAAGGCAGCUCCCAGAGAAAUUGCACCAAUUGUUGUAUCUAAUCAUGUAUCAUAUAUUGAUCCUAUUUUUUACUUUUAUGAACUGUUUCCGACGAUCGUUGCUUCCGAUUCGCAUGAUUCGAUUCCCUUUGUUGGUACUAUUAUUAGAGCAAUGCAGGUAAUUUAUGUUAAUAGAUUCUCGCAGUCGUCCAGGAAGCAAGCUGUUAGUGAAAUAAAGAGAAAGGCUUCGUGCGAUAGAUUUCCUAGAGUUCUAUUGUUUCCUGAGGGGACUACAACUAGUGGAAAGGUCGUUAUCUCCUUUCAACUUGGUGCAUUCAUCCCUGGUUAUGCAAUCCAACCUGUCAUUGUCCGCUAUCCCCAUGUCCACUUUGACCAAUCUUGGGGGAAUAUUUCAUUGGCAAAGCUCAUGUUUAGGAUGUUCACACAAUUUCACAAUUUCAUGGAGGUAGAGUACCUGCCGGUAGUUUCACCCCUUGAUUAUUGUAAAGAAAAUCCUGCCCAUUUCGCUAAGAGGACAAGCCAUUCUAUUGCAAGUGCUCUUAACGUUGUGCAAACAUUUCAUUCCUAUGGGGACUUGAUGCUUCUCACGAAAGCAUCUGAGAAAAAGCAGGAGAAGCCCUCGAAUUACCUGGUUGAGAUGGCUAGAGUGGAAUCUUUAUAUCAUAUCAGUAGCUUAGAAGCUGUAGACUUUCUGGAGAAGUUUCUCUCAAUGAAUCCAGACUCCAGUGGUCGGGUUAAAUUCCAUGAUUUUUUGAAGGUUAUGAGAUUAAGGACUUGUAAUCUUUCAGAAGAGAUUUUUGGAUUCAUUGAUGUAGAAAAGAAUGGUACAAUCACAUUCAAACAGUUCUUGUAUGGGUCGGCCCAUGUCAUGAAGCUACCGUUAUUCAGGCAAACCUGUGAAAUAGUUUUUACCAAAUGCAGCGGUGGCAAUGAUCAAAUUUCAAAAGAACAAUUGGGAGAUACAAUUAGACUUGCAAUCCCAGAUUUGCAUGAUGAUGAGAUUCACGAGAUGUUCAAGUUAUUUGAUAGCAAUGGCCAGGGGACAAUUACCAAGGAUACCUUUGUGUUUUGCCUGAAGAAGAAUCCUCUGUGGAUAGCACUUUUUUCACAUUGUUUAGAGCAUGAAGAUUCAUCGGAAGCCGGCAGUGAGAUGGUGGAAGAGAUAGUAUGAUAAAUUUGUUUCUGUACUUUAAUUUCGGGUCGGGUUGGUUGUGUGAUUCAGUAUCCCCUGUUGUUUUGUUUUGGUAUGAAUGGGGGAGGAGAGAAGCAAAAGGGUGUUUUAAACCUUUGGCUCUCUGUAUAUUAUGGGUAAUGAGACAGUUUUGAUGAAUCAACUUGGGCAUACAAUUGGACUAUACUUAUCUCUCGUGGGUUCUUUGUAUACUAAGUUGGGUUGUGCAUCCAAUUCAAAUCGAACCAAAACGAUACCUUUUCUUAAUUCAUAUUAUGUAGAGGUGUAUUCGGUUGAUUUUUAAA